AUGGAUAUGGACAUUCCACUUCCAGAAGAGCUGGAAUUGCUGGAGUCCAAUGCGCGUCUUCUCGAAGACUACCCAGACCUGGAGCCACCGAAACCCUGCCCUUACGAAGACGAAGAAGCGCCACCACCAGCACAACCACCAUCAUCCCCAGAUCUUCAAUUCGACUCUGAAAUUCAAGUCAUUGGCCAUAAGCGAUCGAGGUCGGUUAGUCCGAAUGGAUCGCUUUCAGAGGCUGUGGAGCUGUCAGUGGAGAAAAGGUGCAGGACUGACGAGUCGGCGCGGGCAUCUGAUGAGGACUGGCUUCGUUACUCGCCACCCAAGGGUAGCGAGUCUGCAGUGGCUGAGCAAGCGAGCUUUGUGAAGGAGAAGAUGUUAUCCAGGUAUGCGUCGGAAAUCGAUGGAGAGUGUAUGCCGAUCACUGCACCCAACGGCGACAGGGUUUAUGCGCGAUUAGACAGGUUGGAAGGGGAGGAACGGUUGAAGAAACUGGAUGUGAGAGCAAAUACUGAUGGUCUUAUAUUAGAACCCAUUGGUAUUCUAUUUGAGAAAUUGGAUCAAGAGGCUUUCACUAAGACAUUGAAGGCUAGUUCUGAAUGUCAAAAUGUUCCGGAUGUUCCUGAAACACCAAUUGUCCAUGAGCAACUUUGGGUAGAUAAAUAUACCCCAAAUUCAUUCACUGAGCUUCUUAGUGAUGAACAUACAAAUCGUGAGGUACUUCUGUGGUUGAAGCAGUGGGAUUCUAGUGUAUUUGGAUCCGAGAUUUGCAGUACAUCAGAUGAAGUUUUUUCUGCUUUGAAACGACAUUCUACUGUUGUCCAAAAUCAGAAACCUUUAGAUUCAAAAUUUCAAAGAAUGGGUGGAGGCCCAAAAUGGAGUAACAAGAGAUAUAAAAAUUCUAAAAGUAUGGAAGAAAGUGGUAAUUCAAAGAGUGUUCAGGAUAUGUUGAAUAGGAAAGCAAAGCAUACUGGUCCACCAGAGCAGAAGAUCCUUUUGCUUUGCGGUCCUCCGGGUCUUGGAAAAACUACACUUGCACAUGUAGCUGCCAGACAUUGUGGAUAUCAUGUGGUGGAGGUUAAUGCUAGCGAUGAUCGAAGUACAUCAACAAUUGAAUCAAAGAUCCUUGAUGUGGUUCAGAUGAACUCUGUCAUGUCUGAUUCAAGACCAAAAUGCCUGGUGGUGGAUGAAAUUGAUGGGGCACUUUCAGAUGGAAAGGGUGCUGUGGAGGUUCUUUUAAAGAUGGUUUCUGUUGAAAAGAAGCCUGAUGCGGGAAGGGAAAAUUUGGUGAAAGAGCAAACAGGAAGGAGAUCCUGGAAGAAGGGACAUAAGAAAGCAUCACUUUCAAGACCGGUAAUUUGCAUUUGCAAUGACCUAUAUGCCCCUGCCUUGAGACCAUUGCGUCAGGUAGCAAAGGUUCACAUUUUUGUUCAACCAACAGUUAGUCGCGUGGUAAGCAGGCUUAAAUAUAUAUGUAACAAGGAGGGGAUGAAAGCUAAUGCCAUCGCACUUACUGCCCUAGCAGAAUAUACAGAAUGUGAUAUACGCUCAUGCUUAAAUACGCUCCAAUUUCUCAGCAAGAAGAAAGAAGCCCUCAAUGUGUUUGAUAUUGGUUCUCAAGUGGUUGGCCGGAAAGACAUGUCAAAGAAUGUUCUGGACAUUUGGAAGGAGGUUUUUCAAAGAAAAAAACCAAGACAGAAAGAAAAUCUCACAAUAGCAUGCUUUUUGAAGUCAACUCCUUGUACUCCCCUUGUAUCAAGCCGUGGUGAUUAUGAUUUGAUUCUUGAUGGAAUUCAUGAAAACAUUUUACAUCUCAAUUAUCAUGACCCAGUGAUGCAGAAGACUGUCAAGUGCUUGAAUAGUCUUGAUUCUGAUCUACUGCAUCAAUAUAUCAUGCGUACACAACAAAUGCCGCUUCAGGUUUAUUUGCCACCUGUAGCAAUUACUGUACAUCGACUGGUAGCUCAAAUUCAGAAGCCGAACAUUGAAUGGCCAAGGUCCUAUCAAAGGUAUCGAGCAAUGAUGGCGGAAAAAAUGGAUAUUUUGAAUACUUGGCACUACAAAAUUCCGCCAUAUAUUGCUAGGCACUUUUCAGCUAGUACGCUUGUAGAAGACUUAAUUUCUCCAUUAUUACAUAUUCUGUCCCCUCCGACUAUAAAACCGGUUGCGUUACAAUUACUGUCUGAUAAAGAGAAAAAUGACCUUGCUCAAUUAGUUAGCACAAUGUUAUCUUACUCUGUAACAUAUAAAAACAUGAAAUCAGAUAUGCUGUCGAAUAGUCUGAGACAUGAAGUAGCAGAUCACUUAACACUAUCAUUUGAUCCCCCAAUCUGCGACUUUGUCAAUUUUAAGGAUUAUACCUCAAGCCAUUAUGUGCUUGCUCUAGCUGUCAAGCAGAUUCUUGUGCAUGAGGUUGAAAAGCAAAAGAUCUUGCGAGUUAAUAUUGAUAGGCCUUUAGGAAAUGGAAGUAGCAGUGGAAGGCCUGAAUUCAUUGAGGCUGGCACUAGCAAUGCCCAAUCAUCCAAUCAGAUCAUUCAUGCAGAUGCAAUUCUGCUAAAAACAUUCAAAGCGAAAGUAAUGUCAUAA